UCAUCCAUUGAAAGUGUACAGUUCAGUGCUUUUUCAUAUAGUCACAGUUGUGAAACUAUCACAAUGUAACUUUGGAACAUUUUCAGCACCCCAAGAAGACUAUUAUUGAUUAAAGUCUCAGACUCUGUGAAGUUCUCUAAUAACUUAUAGAUUUUCAUUCAGAAGAGAUGCAAAUGAUUUCUGUUUCGUAAAAAAGAUAGCCCCAAAGCUUAUGAUUUUAUUGCCCUGUAGACAUUUAACCAGUUUUGUAUCUAACCUGGCAGUGUUAGUCCAAUAUUCUUUCUCCAAUGCCAAUGCCUAUACCUUUAAUUCUCCUUUGAACCAGCUUUACCAUCAUGCUGAUUCCCUCAUUGAUGAGUUAAUGAAAUCUCUGACAUGUUUUCAUUGUAUAUUUGCGUGACAGUCAUGUUUUAACGUUUUUGAAACUUAUAUUUGACAACCUGAAUGCUCUUAGCUCAACGGUGGGCACAUAGCUGGCAAUCAAUAAAUGUCUUGACUUAUUGAUCUCCAUUUUUUUGAUAGGGGAUGCGUCAGACUUUUAAACUUUGGAAAGAGAAUAAAUUUUCAGAAGGUCUUUAAGAAAAGCCAGAAAAUGAAUUUUGAAUGAUAUUUUGUAUUUGGGUUCUCAAAUUCUAAAAUUUAAAGUAUUAUUUAUUUUUGUGCAAGUAGUAUAUGCAAUAGAAUAAGAUCUGAAAUGUAUAAAAGAGAAUGCCCUGGGAAGCUAAGUCUCCAUCCCACCAUUUCCUUCAGCCAGUAAGUUUGCUCCUGGUACUGGUUUCCUGUGCAUAUUUUCACAUACACACACACACACACACACACACACACACACACAUUUUUAAUUUUUUUAUUAAAAAAUAUAUGGCAUGCCUUAUAUGCUCUUUGCAACUUGUUUUACUUACUGAUAUUUAUUGAAAAUUGUUCAACAUCAGUAUACAUAAUAGUUGCCUCAGUCAAAACAUGUCUGGUGGCUGAUCACUUUUCACUCCUUCCACUGCUUCCACACACAUCUUCAUCUCUUGCAGGAGCUACCCAGUCUCCGUUUCCGUCCCUAUUACAUCUCUGUGAUCUCUUUGCAACAUGGUGGCCAGAAUGAUUCUCCAUAUAUGUAGGUCAGAUCAUCUCCCAUUUAGAGCAGGGCUAAACACCUCACAAUGUCCUACAAGGUCCUUCACACAUGAUCUGCUUCCCUACCAUCACCACAGUUGCUUCUUGGCCUCAUCUCCAACCUCUCUCCCUCACUCCACUCUUGGCACUGUGGCCCACUUGGUGGUCCUUUAACAUAACCAGGCACACUCCCACCUCAGGACUCCCACCCCUUGCUAUUCCCUCUGACAAGAGGCUACUCGCCAGAUAUCUGCAUGGCUUCCUCCCUGACCUCCUUGAGGCCUCUGCUUAAAAGUCGCUUCUCACUGAGCCUUCCUUGGCCACCACCUCCAGCUCCUUCUCCUAUGCACACACUCCCAUCCCAUUUGCCUACUUUACCUUUCUCCACAGCAUCGGACAUACCAUAUAUUUUACUCAUUUAUUAUCUACAUAUAAGCUCCAUGAAAGUGAGGAUAUUUGUUUAUUUUGUCCACUGCUGCAUCCCUAGCACCUAGAACAGGGCCUGGCACAAAGUAGGUACCUAAUAAUAUUAAUUAAAAGAAUUGAUGAAUUUAUGCUGCAUAGUACUUAUAUAUUUGUGUUCUACUUGUGUGACCCAGUGUAGUAUAGUUUAACCAUUGCCAUAUUUGGGGACUUAUAUAUGCUUUUGGUACCUUUUGACCUUGAUAAAGUUGCCUAACUUCCCUGAGCCUUGAUCUUCUCCCCUAUAAAAUAGGAACAGUAGUUGUACCUACGUUUUAUAGCGCUAUUUGGGAAUUACAUUUUUAAAAGAAUGUAAAGUGUUUAGCACUAUGCCUGACUUAUAGUAAGUUCUUUACAAUAUAAUUAUGAUUUCUCUCAUUAAUCAUUCAUCAGAAAUGGACUUAUGAGAAGAGAUGAUUGAGAAUAUAAAAACUUCUUGUUUUAAAACCCAAUAGUGUUAACUUUUAGUGAUUAUCUCCUUACAAUAGAAUAUAAGCCACUUUGCUCUUUUUUUGGAGAAAUCAUUUAACAUCUUCAGAAAAAAAAUUUUAGCUCUUCAGAAGUAGGGACCUUUACCUGUGCAUUUUCCGUUUUCUAGCUGGUCCUGAAAAUGUGCCUCUGCUCAAUAAAUUUUGUUGACUAAACAAAUGGAAGAAUGAAUCUCAGUGGGCAUAAGCAAGUUCAUAUUUACUGAAAAGCUGCAAUUUGCCAGGGACUGCAGUAGGCAUUAGGGAUAUAAAAAAAGACUAUACGGGGGGGUGAAGUUUAUUUCAAUACCUUCACAUAGUAAUCAUUGAGUUUGGAGGAUGUAUUUUUACCUCAAAAGUAGUCUUCUAACUGGGGGAGGGGGAAUUUGGAUUCAUCACCUUGUGCAAAGUACAAAAACUCCAGAAAGGCAUCUUUGCCAUAACUUCUCUGAAGAGCUUUUCAAAGAAACAGAACAUCAAUAGUUUAUCAGGUAGACAUCAAGAGUGAAGAAGCAGGCAGACCAAUAUGGGAAAUCCUAUGGUGAUUCAAGACUUUAGUGAUUUCCUGGGGUCCCCACGUAUAUUGCUAACCAUGAAUGAUUCUAUAUUUGGUGCAGAAUGAGAGUACGAUGGUGAGCCAUGCAGCUUGAGACAGAGAAAAAGCCUGACCUGAAGUGCAAGACUGACGAUAGAAUCCAUCCAGCUCUACGUUCUGCCCCUGAGCAAGAUAAUCCCGAGCCUCAGUUCCUCACCAUAAAAUUAUGGUUUUAAAAACUAGCCUCCUUUACCAGAAUAUACAAUGGGAAAAAGACAGUCUCUUCAGCAAGUGGUGUUGGGAAAGUUGAACAGCUGCAUGUAAAUCAGUGAAGUUAGAACACACCCUCUCACCAUAUACAAAAAUGAACUCAAAAUGGCUUAAAGACUUAAAUAUAAGACAUGACACCAUAAAACUCCUAGAAGAGAACAUAGGCAAAACAUUCUCUGACAUAAAUCAUACCAAUGUUUUCUUAGGUCAGUCUCCCAAGGCAACAGAAAUAAAAGCAAAAAUAAACAAAUGGGACCUGAUCAAACUUAUAAGCUUUUGCAUGGCAAAAAAAAACCCAUAAACAAAACAAAGAGACAACUUGUGGAAUAGGAGAACAUAUUUGCAAAUGAUACAACUGACAAGAGCUUAAUUUCCAAAAUAUACAAAUGGCUCACACAACUCAACAAUAGAAAACAACCCAAUCAAAAGAUGGGCAUAAGAACUAAAUAGACAUUACUCCAAAGAAGACAUACAGAUGGCCAAUAGGCACGUGAAAAGAUGCUCAACAUCGCUAAUUAAUAAUUAAUAAUUAAAUAGAAGUUAGCCUCCUUGAAAUGAGAAAAUGGGUGAGAAAAUUCUCCAUACCCUGGAAACGACAGUACCAAUGGGACUCUGACAGGUAGCACUCUUUCUAAGCUCCUGCCAGCACUGUGCUAUAUACGCUGGGGGCAGAGAACAGCAAUCCCAGUAGGAUGCCUGCCCUUAGCAAGUACGCAGUCCACUUCCAGUAUUUUAUCCCCAAGACAUCAUUCAUCAGAAGCACUAAGAUGAUCCCUGCAGGGAGAUGUGUAACAACAACAAGACUGGAAACCACCAGAUAUUUACAAAAGCAGGAUGGUUUUCUCAACAUUUUGAUUAGAAAGACUAUCCAGCCUACCCACACCUAUACCCUGGCAGGGUCAGCCUGUUCCCUAUGGACGUGGUGGUUGGGUUAGGGGGAGGCUGGUGAGCCUGCGCCGAGGGGGUGGGGGCUUGGAGGCUCAACAAAGGGGUGUGUGAUGCUGAUGAGUCACAAAGGACUGUGCAGGAUAAAUGUGGUCGGGCCAAGAGACUUAGGCAGAGCCCUGCAGAGAGGUGGCCAGUUGCCUUCGUUCCCUCUCUCUCCGAGACUCGAUUUGCGCCUGGUGGCGCUGUCUUGAACGAAGAGAACCAUGAGCAGUGAGUGUCUGUUACCUCAUUACACGGCCGACAGCUACCGUUCAGUGGGCGUGUUCAGUACCUCCAUGGGGGACCUGCAACGACACUUGUACGAGGGAGGAGAGUAUGAAAUUUUCAAGUACGCACCCAUGUUUGAGAGCGACUUUAUCCAGAUCAGCAAGAAAGGAGAGGUGAUUGACCUACACAGCCGCGUCCAAAUGGUGACGGUGGGCAUCGCAUCCACCAGCCCCCUCCUUCCACUACCUGACGUCAUGCUGCUGGCCCGACCAACGAAAGUCUGUGAAGAGGAUGUCAGAUACUCCCAGAUCACCAAGGGGAGAGGUCGCAAGCCCGUGAAGACCCUGGAGCUCACCAGGCUGCUUCCCUUGAAGUUUGUCAAGAUCUCUAUCCACGACCAUGAGAAACAGCAGCUGCGCCUGAAGCUUGCCACCGGCCGUACUUUUUAUCUGCAGCUGUGCCCCUCUUCCGAUGCACGAGAAGACCUCUUUUUCUGUUGGGUAAAGCUUGUCUAUCUCCUGAGACCACCGGUAGAGAGUUGCAGCAGUACCCCGACGCUCCAAACUGGAGAUUCAGCGACUACAGAGGAUGCCAAAAUCCUAGUGACCACAGAGCUCCACAAAGAAAGGGAUCAGGAUGAGGCUGGGCUUCACAAGCUUUGUGACAUGUCUGGAGCCAUGUCUUGUGCUUAUAUUGGGGGAGAGGGAAUCCAUCAAGCCCCCCAUGGCUCAACUGCAGCCGUGAAAAGUGCCGAAGGAUCAGCGUCAGGGACGUCCAUGGGCCUGGCCGUAGCAGGGACAGCAUCAAGCCCUGGCGGAGGAGUGGCUGUCUCAGGAGUGGGAGCAGGCCCUGCAGGAGGCGCUGCGAGCUUGGCGGCAACCAAGAGCACAGGCACCAGCCAGGUGAGCAUGGCCCUGGCGGGAGCCACCAUCAAGGAUCCAGGAGAAAGCGGAUCCGGCAAGGCCAUUGCAGGUGCUGCCAGCAUAUCCUUGGAGGGCACGAACCUGGUCUUGGCAGGUGCUGCCGGCACAUCCUCGAUGGGGGCAGAUAGUCCAGAGAGCAGCGUGAGCGUGGUGUUUGCAGGUGCAGCAACGACCAGCAAGCCUGCUGCUGGAAGAGCUGAAGGGCAGAUCGCAGGCUCCCUGGUCUCCACCUUGCAGAGCGAAGGCUACAUGUCUGAACGGGACGGAAGCCAGAAGGUCUCCCGCCCCAGGGAUGAAGCCUGGAAGGAAAAAAAGGAAAGAAGGGAAAAGAAGGACACGUCUUCAUCUAGGAAGAGCUCCCAUCACCGCAGGAGAGGUGAAAGUCACCACAGGACAGGACGGGACAAGACCCGGAAAUCAUCCUCCCACUGGUCCUUAUCCAGCCAUGGAAACUCAAAAGUUGACAAAAAAGAAAAAGGGCACAGUGGCACCAGGGGCAGAGGACACAGCUCUCACAGGAGUGGCAGCCACAGCUCCUCUGCCAAGGAGGGGAGGACAGCUCGCAAACUGGGGAAGAGCCGGUCCGCCACCAGUUCAGGGACUCUAAGUAAGAAAUCCAGUAAGAUCUACUCUUUCUUCAGGAGCUUCAGAGUCAUUCCUGGUUCAAAAACAAUGGUCACACAUGACAGAGAGGUAGACUUCGUGGCUAAGACGGCAGAGAAGUGCAACAUAGAGGCCAAGGUGGAGAAAGCCCUGGUUGGCCGGGAUCUGCAGAUCUGUGGAACCAUGACAUCAGAGGCGAUGGAGACCAUCAUUAUUGAAACCAAAUCCAUUUAAAUAGAAGCCAGGGAAGGAAGCUUUCCAUGGAGACCCAGCUUCAGGGAAGGAUCCCUAGAGAGGUAAUUCCUGCUUUCCUUAAUAAACGAAACCAUACAACUCCAAAAGAAACACUAUCUUCUGU